UCCUUGAUACAGAGAAUCAGAUGAGGAUGGAUAAGAGGUCUCGGAGCUCUUCCAGGGAGUCUCGUAAGAGAAAUAGAGAGCCCCUGGCUACACAGAAGAAACGAGAGAAGAGGGAGAGCAGCAGAGAAGCCAACAAAGAAACAGGAGAUGUAAAACAGGAGAAAACAAAGGAGAUAAAGAGCAUCGCAGGGACUGAUGGUCGGGUGCACACAUCCACGGUGGUGGACGUGGAUGAUGUGAUAUCUGAUGAAGAAAUGGAAGCAAUGAUGUUGCUGGACAGCGAGCGUCAUGAAGAAGGUAUAAAGUCACCAGGUCUCGGCAUCUGCGAGUGGCUUCUGACUAUCUUGUCUUUCCUGUUCAUCGUAAUGACCUUCCCCAUUUCUGUCUGGUUCUGCAUGAAGGUAGUGCGGGAGUACGAGAGAGCCAUCGUUUUCCGCCUUGGGCGUCUCCUUCCUGGCAGAGCCAGAGGGCCUGGCCUUUUCUUUUUUCUUCCCUGCCUGGACACGUAUCACAAGGUGGACCUCCGCCUCAAAACCCUAGAGAUCCCCUUCCACCAGGUGGUGACUAAAGACAUGGUUACCCUGGAGAUAGAUGCCGUCUGCUACUACCGUUUGGAGAAUGCCUCUCUUCUCCUCACCACCCUGACCAGCAUCUCCAGUGCCAUCCAGCUGCUGGUACAGACCACCACGAAGCGCCUCCUGGCACAUCGAGCCUUCUCUGAACUUCUCUUGGAGAGAAAGAGCAUCAGCCAGGAGAUAAAGGUGGCUUUGGAUGCGGUCACAGGCCUCUGGGGCAUCAAAGUGGAGAGAACAGAAAUCAACAACGUGCAGCUGCCUGCUGAAGUCCGACAGUCCCUGGCCGUGGAAGCAGAGGCCCAGAGGCAGGCCAAAGUGCGGGUGAUUGCUGCUGAGGGGGAAAAGGCUGCUUCUGAGUCCCUGCGCGUAGCAGCUGAGAUCCUGUCGAGUGCUCCUGCUGCUGCUCAGCUCCGUUACCUUCAUGCCCUGCACUCCCUUGCUGCAGAGAAACCUGCUGCCUUCAUCUUGCCUCUGCCUUUGGACCCCAUGAAUCUGAUCUCUCCAGCUAUCCACAGCCCUCCGGGAGUGAGCAGCCUCACCACAGACGCCACAAAACUCCCAGAAGUUGUGAAAGACAAGAAGGACUCACCCAUGCUCUAAGAGUUGUCCCAGAAAAGGUUGCCACAGCCCAUGGUCAGUCCUGCUCAGAGAGGAGCAAGAAGGCUGAUCUACGGGCAGCCUACCAGCAGGUACUGGCCUGGAGGCAGGUGGGGAGGCAGCCAGACCUGUAAUAUAAAGUAGAUUGUACAUGGAAGAAGCUUCUGCUUGUUUUGGGAAGGGAAAAAUACGGAGCAGGAGGAGCAGGGCUGGUGCCAGUGUGAGCAGGGGAUUGAGGGAAGAGGGUUGUCAUCUCUUCCUUUUCACCUGACCUUGAGACCCUAAGGCCAUCCUGUUUAAAUCAUCCCCAUGCCCAAACUGAUGACCCGUCUCUCAUGAGUUAUAGGGAAUUAAGGUGCAGAAAGUCCCACACUGGGAUAAAAGGGGCAGGCACAAGCUGCCCCACAGGAGGGACUUACAGAGGCAUUGGUUUCCUGUGGCUCUGUCUUUACACUCAGACUCUUUGGGAUUUCCCUUCUGCAUUCUUGGCUGCAAGUGGCAGAUUUUUUUAAAUGAAAGGCAAGUCCUACAGCUGGGUGGUAACACAGCAAAGGCAGAAGUGCUUGCACAGGGGCACGUUCCUCCUUAUAGCCCAUCUCCAUAUGCUGUGUCUGGUAAGGUGGGAGCGGUCGG